UAUUUUUCUGAUAGUAAACGAGAAUUUGAUGUUGUGGGACGCGUUGCUUUAAUUAUGUUUCAACCAAACUAGAGAGAGAGAGAGAGAGAGAAACAUUUCUAGAGAGAGAAAACUAUUAGGGUUCUUUCAUUUCAUUCUUCUUCAAAUUCAAUUCCUCUGUUUUUCUUUUUUCUUCUUCAAGGUUUUUGGAAGUUGAAAAUUUUGGGAUCUGGGUUCUUAGGUUUGAAGGGUUUCACCUUUUGACUUUCUCAAUUUUCAAUUUCUGAGAAAUUGAAAUUGAAUACAGAAAACACAUUUUUUUUUGUUAUUUUAUGAACUAGGUUGUUGAGAAAAUCAAGAAAUUUGUGCUUUUUAUGAAGCUGAAUUUGUUGGAGAUUGAUGGGUGAAACUCUAUUGGUUUUGUUAUAUGGAGUGUUACCAUAAAGCUUGAUUCUUGGUUAAAGUUAUACAAGAUUUUGAAGUAUUGAAGGAAGCUACAAUGCAUCUUUCACUAUGGAAGCCCAUUUCUCACUGUGCUUCAUUGAUCAUGGAUAAGAAGGGUAGGAGGAAAGGCGAAUCCGCUGCUGAUAUAAAAAGAAACCCAUCUAUGCUCCGGAAGCUGCAAGAAAACAAGCUGAGGGAAGCUCUUGAAGAAGCUUCAGAAGAUGGAUCACUCUCCAAGUCACGGGAUAUGGAACCUGAUACUGCUGGGAAUCAGGAUGAGGGUCUGGGAAGAUCUAGAUCGCUGGCAAGGUUGCACGCGCAGAGAGAUUUUCUUCGCGCCACAGCACUUGCAGCCGAGCGGAUAUUUGAGUCUGAGGAUGAAAUUCUCAGUCUCGAAGAAGCAUUUUCCAAGUUUCUCACUAUGUAUCCGAAAUACGUGUCCUCCGAGAAAGUUGAUCAGUUGAGGUCUGAUGAAUAUUCUCAUUUGCCGCCUAAGGUAUGCCUUGAUUAUUGUGGAUUUGGACUGUUCUCUUUUGUUCAGACUCUUCAUUAUUGGGAGUCAUGUACAUUUAGCUUGUCUGAGAUAACUGCGAAUUUGAGUAAUCAUGCUCUUUAUGGUGGUGCCGAGAAAGGAACUGUUGAGCAUGAUAUAAAGAGUAGAAUUAUGGACUAUCUGAAUAUUCCUGAGAAUGAAUAUGGUCUUGUUUUUACUGUUAGUAGAGGAUCUGCUUUUAAAUUGCUCGCUGAAUCGUACCCUUUCCAAACGAACAAAAAACUGUUGACCAUGUUCGACCACGACAGCCAAUCUGUUAAUUGGAUGGCUCAGUGUGCUAGGAACAAAGGUGCUAAAGUUCACAGUGCAUGGUUUAAAUGGCCAACUCUCAAACUCUGCUCAACUGAUUUGAGAAAACAGAUUUCAAAUAAGAAGAAGAGGAAGAAAGAUUCAGCUACUGGUCUUUUUGUGUUCCCGGUUCAGUCUAGAGUAACUGGGGCUAAGUAUUCGUACCAGUGGAUGGCCUUGGCACAGCAGAACAACUGGCAUGUCUUGCUUGAUGCUGGGUCUUUGGGCCCCAAGGACAUGGAUUCGCUUGGCUUAUCACUUUUCAGGCCAGAUUUCAUAAUCACAUCGUUUUACAGAGUAUUUGGGUAUGAUCCCACAGGCUUUGGUUGUCUGCUGAUCAAGAAAUCGGUGAUGGCAAGCCUUCAAAAUCAGUCUGGGAGUACCGGGUCAGGAAUGGUAAAGAUUACCCCCGAGUUUCCAGUGUAUUUGAGUGACUCUGUAGAUGGUUUGGACAGGUUGGCUGGGACUGAAGACGAUGAAUUUGAUGGGGUUGGUGAUAAGACAUUUGAACCUCGCCAUCAGGGAUCACAGUUGCCUGCCUUCUCGGGUGCAUACACAUCUGCGCAAGUCAGAGAUGUAUUUGAGACUGAAAUGGAUCAUGACAGUUCUGAAAGAGAUGGAACUAGCACUAUAUUUGAAGAGACCGAGAGUAUAUCUGUUGGAGAAGUGAUAAAGAGUCCGGUCUUCAGCGAGGAUGAGUCGUCUGACAACUCAUUUUGGAUAGAUCUGGGUCAGAGUCCAAUAGGGUCAGACUAUGCAGGUCAAUCAAAUAAACAAAAGAUAGCUUCUCCCCUGCCACCUUUCUGGUUCAGUGGGAAGAAGAACCAGAAGCAACCUUCUCCAAAACCAUCUUCCAAGAUGUAUGGCAGUCCAAUGUACGAUGACAGAGAGGCAAACCUAGGUUCUCAUGAUGAACGGCAUGUGCUGUCAUUUGAUGCUGCUGUCCUAAUGUCACAAGAACUAGAUCGUGUCAAAGAGGUCCCUGAAGAAGAGCAAGUUGAGGAAGUUAAUCAUUAUCCAAUAAAUGGAAAUGCGCAAGAUCGUCCGCAUGUCAGUGAGAUAAUGGAAGAACCUGGAACCAGUGAAGCUGUUCAGAAUGGAUCUGUUGCCCUAAGAGAAUCUUGGCUUAAUAAUUCAACUUCUCUUUCUAGGCAUCAUAGCUUGGAAAAUGGUUCUACCUCUGAAAUUAAAGAGAGUGCUAUAAGACGGGAAACUGAAGGUGAAUUUAGGUUGUUGGGUCGGAGAGAAGGGAAUCGAUACGGUGGUGGUAGGUUGUUUGGCUUGGAAGAUGAUGAACACACUAGCAGAGGAAGAAGAGUGUCGUUUAGCAUGGAAGACAAUCGUAAAGAGCACCUAAGAGAGACCUUGGAGACAGGUGACAUAUCUGCAACUAGCUUAGAUGAUGAAGAGGUCAGUAGUGACGGAGAAUAUGGUGAUGGACAGGAUUGGGGCAGGAGGGAACCUGAGAUAGUAUGUCGAAAUAUUGAUCAUGUUGAUAUGCUUGGUCUCAAUAAAACUACGCUUAGACUUCGGUUUUUGAUAAACUGGCUUGUUACUUCACUACUGCAACUGAAGUUAUCAGUUUCUGAUGGGGAUGAAAAAGUAAACCUUGUUCACAUCUAUGGCCCAAAAAUAAAAUAUGAAAGAGGUGCAGCUGUGGCUUUCAACCUCAGGGACAGAAGUAGGGGGCUAAUCAAUCCUGAGAUUGUUCAAAAGCUGGCUGAAAAAGAAGGAAUCUCUCUUGGCAUUGGUAUUCUUAGUCAUAUACAGAUUUAUGAUAGCUCAAGACAGCAGCGUGGCGCAUUGAACCUUCAAGACACAACUCUUUGCAAGCCAAUGGAGAAUGGCCGGCGUGAUGGAAAAGGUAGCUUUGUAAGGCUUGAAGUUGUCACUGCUUCACUUGGAUUUCUGACAAAUUUUGAGGAUGUAUAUAAAUUGUGGGCAUUUGUGGCAAAAUUUCUUAACCCGGCAUUUAUCGGAGAAGACAGUCUUCCUACUGUUCAAGAAGGCUCUGAGACAUGAGAUGGUAGAGUCGGCUGAGACUUUAUUCAAUUUUUGGAAACCGAAGAUGAGUUGUUACUGAAAAGGGCCAAAAGCUGUCGGACCAAUGGAAUUGGUGAUCAUUUGAACAAUGCUGCUAGAUAAACAGAUAUACUUAUCUUUGCAUCAAAGCCAGACAAACAAGAUCAACGGAUGGAUUUGUUAAUUAAUUUAUGUUUCUUGUUGCUUACAAUGAUUAUUUUCUUUGUUAUCUAUAUUUUUUUUUGAGCUGCCUGUAAUGUUGGCUUUAGAGAGUUGUUCAUAUUGGGAUGCCAUGAUGUACUUUGAAGCAAAGAUUGAAUCAGGUAGAUUUUCUACUGAUAAAUAUUUUGCCUCUGUUACAUACUAAAGGAUUACCAACUUUUGUAAAAAGGUAGUGUUCAUUUUCAUGCUAUAGUUUAUGAUACUAUUCAGUGGGUGCUUUCUCUGUUGA